UGUCGGCGCAGCAGCAGCGAGCAGCAGAGUCCGCGCGCUCCGGCGAGCGGCAGAAGGGCGCGAGGCAGCGCGGGGCAGCAGGAGCCAGAGCCGAGCGCAGAGCGAGCCCGGACCCGCCGCCCUCCCCAGGCCGCCCAGGCAGAGCCCCAGCCAUGGAACACCAGCUCCUGUGCUGCGAGGUGGAGACCAUCCGCCGCGCGUACCCCGAUGGCAACCUCCUCAACGACCGGGUGCUGCGCGCCAUGCUCAAGGCGGAGGAGACCUGCGCGCCCUCCGUGUCCUAUUUCAAGUGUGUGCAGAAGGAGAUCCUGCCGUCCAUGCGGAAGAUCGUGGCCACCUGGAUGCUGGAGGUCUGCGAGGAGCAGAAGUGCGAGGAGGAGGUCUUCCCGCUGGCCAUGAACUACCUGGACCGCUUCCUGUCGCUGGAGCCCCUGAAAAAGAGCCGCCUGCAGCUGCUGGGGGCCACCUGCAUGUUCGUGGCCUCGAAGAUGAAGGAGACCAUCCCCCUGACGGCCGAGAAGUUGUGCAUCUACACUGACAACUCCAUCCGGCCCGACGAGCUGCUGCAAAUGGAGCUGCUCUUGGUGAACAAACUCAAGUGGAACCUGGCCGCGAUGACCCCACACGAUUUCAUUGAACACUUCCUCUCCAAAAUGCCAGAGGCCGAGGAAAACAAACAGAUCAUCCGCAAACACGCACAGACCUUCGUCGCCCUCUGUGCCACAGACGUGAAGUUCAUUUCCAACCCGCCCUCCAUGGUGGCGGCCGGGAGCGUGGUGGCUGCAGUGCAAGGCCUUAACCUGGGGAGCCCUAACAACUUCCUGUCCUACUACCGCCUGACACGCUUCUUCUCCAGGGUGAUUAAGUGUGACCCGGACUGCCUCCGGGCCUGCCAGGAGCAGAUCGAAGGUCUGCUGGAGUCCAGCCUCCGCCAGGCCCAGCAGAACCUGGACCCCAAGGCGACCGCGGAGGAGGAGGUGGAGGAGGAGGAGGAGGUGGACCAGGCCUGCACCCCCACCGACGUGCGGGACGUGGACAUCUGAGGUGCCAGCGGCGGGCGUCACCGCCACCAGAGCGUGGAGCAGCGACCGGCAGCCCCGCAGCGAGGCAGGGGCCGACCCUGAUGCUCCCCGACAGUCCCUCUUCUCCGGGACAUUUCGCUACCAGAAGGGAAAGUUUCAUUCUCCUUGUUGUUGUUUUUUAUCUUUGCUCCUUCCCCUUACGUCUCAACUUAAGCAAAAGAAAAAUAUGUCCUGAAAACGGUCUUAAAAAAAGAGAGAGAGAGAGAAUAGUAUUUGCAUAACCCUGCGUCGGGGGGAGGGGGGUUGUGCUACAAAAAUAGAGGAUUUUGUACCCCAGUACUCAGCUAGUGUUUAUGUUAAUGUGCUUGUGUCUCCGUGUUGUAAGAAUAGUCAUUAACACAAAGCAAGGGUCUCCAGGGGAAGGACUAGAUUUGAUGCAUUAUGUGUUUAAGAAAAAAAGCAUAAAAACAUUUAAAAAAAAAAAGUAGAAAAGCUCAACAAACCAUUUUUAAAGUAGAAGAGGGUUUUAGGUAGGAAAACAUACUCUUGUGCUUUUCCUAAAAAGCGCAGCAUUAGCGGUUCUAGGCAUCUCUGUACCUGGCUUGCUUGUGCAUGUAGUCACUUUAUGUGUGUGUUGCAUCCCGUAGGUAGACGUGUGGCCUCUGCACGGGCCGCUGGCUGGUGGGGUGGUGAGCCCGGCGUCCUGUGGACCCACCUGCGUGACAGUGCCAGGAAAGGCCGACUCUCCCACUCCUAUGAUACGCUACGUUAAAGAAAACGAAAUAGUGACAUAAUAUAUUCUAUUUUUAUAAUCUUCCUAUUUUUGUAGUUACCUGUUUAUGAGAUGCUGGUUUUUUCACCCAACAGCCCUGCAGCCUGCUCACAUCCAGGUUAAAUCCACAGGUCCUUUGUUUUUGUUUUUGUUUUUUUUUGUCUUCUCAAUAUUCUAAAACCAUUCCAUUUCAAAGCACUUUCAGUCCAGUAGUGAUAGGAAAUUUCGCUGUUUAUGUUGUGUGCGGAGGGGCGAUUUUCUAAUGGAAUGGUUUGGGAAUGUUCACGUCCUUGUGUGCAGGUAGGAUUGCACGGCCAGUGCACGUCGCUGCGGUGUUAGUGACGGGGAUGUUUCUGAAGGCGAUGCUCAGUCAGGAAGAAAGAGAUGUGUAUUCUCACACUGCCAGGAUGGUUACGUUCCUUUUCUUUCCUGUAGAGAAGUUGAAGUUGAGGAAUCCUUUGGUGCCGGCUGGUGUUUGAAAGUAGGGACCUCCAAGGUUUCCCUAGAGAACAGGUAGUAGUUAAGGGUUACCUUUAGAUGUUUCACAAUGGAAGGUUUUAAACACUAAAAUAUAUAAUUUAUAGUUAAGGCUAAAAAGAAUAUUUAUUGCAGAGGAUGUUCAUAAGGCCAGUAUGAUUUAUAAAGUAAUGCAAUCUCCCCUUGAUUUACACACACGCACCUCUCUGCCUUUGAUGUCGCAGGUUUAAUACAGUUUGGCCAAGAUAGGUCCUUAGGAAAACCACACGAAGACUUUGAUUCGGCCCGUUUGGUGUUUCCCAAAGUGAUCCAAUCCGAGAGGCAUCACAGCUACAAGGAAAAUUAGGGUACUGGGAACAAGUUCAGUCCCAACACAGGCUUAUCUUCUGCCCCCUCCUUUAAAAACAUGGAGUGGCAGACAGACAAUUUGCACAUCUCGGCUUUGUACCUUUCUGUAAUUUCCACUUAGGAAGUGUUGAAGGGAGGUGGUGAGAGCGUUGAGGCUGAGGCUGGAGAGGCUGUGAGGGAAGAGGUGUGGAAGCGGGGACUCCCGGGGACGGGCGGUGACCACGCGAGGGACAGGCUGUGGCUCCAUUUUCCUAUUGCGCUGCUACCGGUGACUUCCUGGCACGGUUUGGAAAAGAUUCGCAUCGCUUCUCUGUAUCUCUUUCAUAUUGUUUUGCUGCUAUUGGAGGAUCAGUUUUUGGUUUUACAAUGUCAUACUGCCAUGUUCUAGUUCUAAUUUUCUGGUAGAAAAAAUGUAUUACAGAUGCCUUUGUAGUUUUUUUUUUUUUUUUUUAUGUGAUCAGUUUUGACUUAAUGUGAUUACUGCUCUAUUCCAAAAAGGUUCCUGUUUCACAAUACCUCAUGCUUCACUUAGCCAUGUGUGACCCGGCAGUCAUGUUGUCUGCUCGGGCAACGGACACGCAGACGAGAUCCCACUACGGGCCCGGCGGGGAUCGGCACCAAGGUCAAGUUCACGAGAACCACACGGGCGUCUGGAGACCGGGCUGUGUCCGUUUUCUUUUCCCUGCGCCUGUUAUGCUGGACUCUUCAUCUGAUCUGGGAUUGUAUCAUCACAGUAGUUUUUACAGCUGUAUCAUUCUUUGUGUGUAGCUAUGAAAGUUGCUUUAUUAUUAUUAUUAUUAUUAUAACAAGUACGUCUUACGUGCCACCAUGGUGCUGUGCCCGUAGGACUCUGUCAUUCGGGAUGAUUGGAGUAGCUUCUGGAAUUUGUUCAAGUUUUGGGUGUGUUUAAUCUGUUAUUAUGUACUAGUGUUGUGUUUGUUGUUUUGUUAAUUACAGCAUAAUGCUAAUUUAAAGAGACUCCAAAUCUCAAUGAAGCCAGCUCACAGUGCUAUGUGCCCGAGUCGCCUAGCAAGCUGCCGAACCAAAAGGAUUUGUACCAUUUGUGGGCCCGCCUGGCUGGGCCCCUGUCCCCGGAGGCCAUCGGCAGGCACAGGCCUGUCCCCACCCCUCCCACCCCCUCCGGAACGCUGCUUACGCUUACCUCAAUCAUUCUGGCUGCACCAUCUCUGUCUAGACCAAGUGGGAUCCUUGAGGGAUAGUUGGUUUGUAGUGAUGGGGUGAGGGCAGAUGUCAGGAAUAUUGUGUGUGCUGAAAGGCCAAAGGCUGGUGGCAGGUCCAUGGAGCACAGCGGAAUCUGUCCUGUGACAUGCAAGCCUGUAAGGGUCUCUGGUCGGCGGGCAGUUUAGAUCUGUGUGUUUCUGGUUGCACACGGCGCUUCCCAGCACAGACAUGUAACCAGCACGUUUCCAGCAGAAAACAAAAGGCAAACAUGAAAAGUCUAGAAAUAAAAUUGGUAAAACCCCA